GAAUCUCUGCUGCCUCAUAGAGACCCAUCCCCCCACCCUGUGGGCUGUCUGUCCCAGGGGACCAGGCAGUGAGUCAUUUUCUGGGGUGUAUAUGUAUAAGGGUAAGGGUGGAGAGGACACUGGGCCAAUAGAGGCCUAUACAGAGGCGUUCAACUGAGGUAGGAAGUCCCUGGAAGACAGUCUCUGAGCUGUGCGGCCUGAAGUGAAGAUGCAGGUGGGGUGGGGAAGGGGGUGGCUUCCAGUGAGGAUGUCUUAAAGUCUGCUAGGUGGUAGAGAACUAAGGUUCUUAGAGGAAUAAGUUCUUAGGGAAGGUGUUUGGGAAGGGGAUAGGAGCAUGGGGUGAUAGGAGAUUGGGAAUCUUUUGCUUUGUCUGAGAUAGUCCCAUGUAGCCCAGGCUGGUUUUAAGUUCACUAUGUAGUGAAAAUGACCUUGAACUUCUGGUCCUCCCGCCGCUACCCCCCAAGUGCUGGGAUGGCAGGUGUGCCCCACUACGCUUGGUUUAUACUCUACUAGAGGAUGGAACCUAGGACCGUGUGCAUGCCGGGCAAGCACUCGACCGCUGAGCUACAUUUUAGCUCCUGUUUUGUUCUGUUUCUUUGUUUGAAUUGAGAUAGGGUCUCACACUGGAGUCCAGCUGGCCCAGAACUCCUUAUGGCCCAGGUCAGCCUUGAACUUUCAAUCUCUUGCCUCGGCCUCCUUGAUACUAGGAUUACAGGUUUAAAUCACCAUACGACUAGUGUUGGGGAUCUUGAGGUCACCAGGCAGGGGUGCUUGGAGAGGGAGGCCUUCUGAAGUGGAGGAGCCUCCCCCAAACCAAGGGUGUGAGCCAGUCCUACCUUGAUGUCCUUGGCAGCUGCCCCCUUGGCAUGGGGGUGAAGAGGAGCCUUCAGACUGGAGGCAAUCUGCUGAAUCUCUUGACCAGCCUCCUCACAGUACUGUCCACUGCUACCAACUACUGGACACGGCAGCAGGGGGGCCACAGUGGUCUGUGGCAGGAAUGUACCCAUGGCACUUGCUCCAACAUCCCCUGCCAGAGGCUGCUGCUGCUGAUUGCAUUGACUGGAUAUACUGCAAAGAAUGCCUGGAAGCCAGAAGUCUUCUUCUCCUGGUCCUACUUUUUCGGAUGGCUGGCUUUACCCUUCUCGUUUCUUGCGGGAAAGCCCACAGUGACUUCCAGGGACUCCCCAACACCUGCACUUCAGACUCCAGCACACCCGAUGGAGACGCGCUUGGAGCCCCCAUCCCUAGUCCCCAGGCAGGCCAGGUCAUCCGCCCCAGGGCCCACCUUUCUUCCCCGCUCUGCACUCCCUCCUUGCCAGGCUUCUGCUUUCUGCUGGCGGACAUGAUCAUGCAGAGCACCGAAGCAAUCAGCGGGUUCCCAGUGUGCCUGUGAAUGUGGCCUGACUGGGGCAGAAUAAAGGAAUGGCUUUUA